AUAUUUGCAACAGAAUACAGCUUGAAUAUUUAAAUUCACAUUUAUUUCAACGGCGUUAACUUUUAUAUUUGAUUGAUUAUUAAUCUGAAGUGCAUUAAAACGAAUAACUAAAUAGAAAUGAUAAGGGAGUUGCUGUUACACAGCUAACUUCUUCUCAACUCCAGACAACUUGUUUUCUAGUUUUUCUUAUUUUUGCUUUUGAGCAGACUUCAAUUUUGCGUUUGUCGAAGAACUUGCGUAUGUGUUUGAUGCAAGUGCUUUUGCAGCUUCUUUAAUUUGUAGACGCUGUUUAGAAAUAUUUAUUUUAUUUAUUCAGAAAAAUGCCAAAAUUAUUGAACAGUGUAAGGCGUUAUGGCUCAUUCCUUGUGAAAAAAAGCCAGAGCUUCAAUUCCUGCCCACAGGCUCUUUGCUUUGGUGCUAGUAGGCACCUGAGUGUUGUCCAUGGAGAUCUGAGCCGGUUGAAUGACCAUGUGAGGAAUUAUGUAGAAGAAAAAGCAAAGCUGUGUCAGCCAGACAAUCUUCAUAUCUGUGAUGGAAGUGAUUCAGAAAAUGACUAUCUUUUUAAUCUUAUGUUAAAACAAGGCAUGGUUACUCCACUAACAAAAUAUGAGAACUGCUGGCUUGCUCGGACUGAUCCUGCUGAUGUGGCUCGAGUGGAGAGUUUGACAUUCAUGUCUACCCCCAAUAAAAGUGAUGCAGUUCCUACCCCUAGAGAAGGUGUAAAAGGUACCCUUGGUAAUUGGUUGUCCCCUGCAGAUAUGCAGAAAGCUUUAGAUGAACGAUUUCCUGGCUGUAUGAAAGGUCGUACCAUGUAUGUGAUCCCCUUCAGUAUGGGACCCAUAGGAUCUCCUCUAUCCAAAAUUGGCAUUCAAUUGACAGAUUCUCCUUAUGUUGUUGCCUGUAUGAGAAUUAUGACCAGAAUGGGUUCUAAUGUCCUUAAAGUUCUUGGCAAAGAAGAAUUUGUAAAAUGUUUGCAUUCUGUAGGGCAGCCUUUACCAAUGAAAGUUCCACCAAUUAACAAUUGGCCUUGCAAUCCACAAAAGACUAUCAUUGGUCAUAUUCCAGACAACAAUGAAAUUUGUUCUUUUGGAAGUGGUUAUGGCGGCAACUCUCUACUAGGUAAAAAAUGCUUUGCUCUAAGGAUUGGUUCUAUACUUGCCAAGCGAGAAGGAUGGCUAGCUGAACAUAUGCUGAUUUUAGGCAUUACAAAUCCAAAAGGCCAGAAAAAGUAUGUAGUGGCUGCCUUCCCAAGUGCAUGUGGCAAGACUAACUUGGCCAUGAUGAAUCCAUCUCUGCCUGGUUAUAAAGUGGAAUGUGUUGGAGAUGAUAUCUGCUGGAUGAGAUUUGAUGAACAAGGACAGCUCAGAGCCAUCAAUCCUGAAUAUGGAUUCUUUGGAGUUGCUCCAGGAACUUCCAUGAAGACAAAUCCUAAUGCAAUGCUUACCAUUCAAAAGAAUACAGUUUUCACGAAUGUUGCUGAAACAAGUGAUGGAGGCUUUUUCUGGGAAGGUUUGGAGGAAGAGAUGCCCCCUAAUGUGAAAAUUACUUCAUGGCUUGGAAUGGAAAAUUGGACUCCAGAAGUCAAGAAACCAUCUGCCCAUCCUAAUUCAAGAUUUUGUGCUCCUGCCAAUCAGUGUCCCAUCAUGGAUCCUGCAUGGGAAGAUCCUAAAGGAGUGCCAGUGAGUGCCAUUAUCUUUGGAGGAAGAAGACCUAAAGGAGUUCCCUUGAUUUAUGAAUCUUUCAACUGGAGACAUGGUGUUUUCAUUGGUGCAGCCAUGAGAUCUGAAGCAACAGCUGCUGCUGAACACAAAGGAAAAGUAAUCAUGCAUGAUCCCUUUGCAAUGCGUCCAUUCUUUGGCUACAAUUUUGGUCACUAUCUGAAGCACUGGUUAAGUUUCGAGAAGAAAUCUGGUGUCCAAUUGCCUCGCAUAUUCCAUGUGAAUUGGUUCAGAAAAGACGAGAACAACAAAUUUUUAUGGCCAGGAUUUGGCGAGAACAGCCGUGUUCUUGACUGGAUUUGUCGUAGAGUGGAUGGUGAAGAUAUUGCUCAAAAAACAGCCAUUGGUUACAUUCCAAAACCAGGAACCAUGAAUUAUGAUGGUUUGUCAGAACCUGUUGACGCUGAAGCACUCUUCAAUUUACCUAAAGACUUUUGGUUGCAAGAAUGUAAAGAGAUUGAAAAAUAUUUUAGUGAUCAGGUGCCUCAAGAUCUUCCAAAUGAAAUAGGUGAAGAACUCAAGCAGUUGGAAGAGCGAGUCAAGAAUAUGUAAAUAAAAUAUAUUUUUAUCCAAAAUUUUAAUAGCUAGCACAAUUUUUUUGUGUGUAAAAAUGCAAAAAUCUUUGCCUAAGAAGCUUGAAACUUUAUUUUAGUAGAUUUUACCUUUUAUAAAGCUAUUUAUUUUCGUCUUUCUGUUUAUAUUUUGUGUUUAAUUGUCCUACAAUGUCUACUUGGAUAACCUAUUGAAAUUUUUUUAAAAAUAAGUUUUUUCAAUUUUGAUUUUUCUAUCAUGAUUUAAAAAAUUCUUUAGUUAGUAAUACUUUUAAAUAAAUUAUAUUUUAUGUUUUGAAUAUUUUCAUGUACCUCAAUAGUUGAUUAUAAAGCCAUAUUUGCAGAAACAUAUAUUGCCUUUCUAACAUUUUUGUUUUAAAUGCCCAGACCAGUAUUGCUCCCCAAUUUAAGAUUUUGUUUUCUGUGUUUUGCAUUCAAAUACUUAUUUCCCUAGAUAUUUUCUGAAUUUCAGUAUGUUUAGAUGAAUGUAAAAAUAUUCGAGUAUGAUGAAUGAAAUAUUUUUGGAAAGAAAACUUGUAUUGCUCAAAUAUUUAUUGUAUGGAAUGAAUCAAGAGCUAAGUAUUUGUGAUAAAUGUGGUGCAAUAUCACAAUUAAACCUAAUAUUUUGGAAAGAUUGGGUGAUUUUAUACAGAAUAUUAAAUAUUUGUGUUUAGAGCUUAUUCCAUACGGAAAGAACAUUUGUGUGUUCUAAAAUCGUUCUUGUAACUUUUCAUUUCUAUUAAAUAUCAAAUCUUGUAUUAUUUAGCUAUCGAAAUGUCUUGUUGUUUUACUUAAGACUUUUGAAUUGUGCCAAAUCUUGAGAUUCAUGGAGAUUCUGAAUAAAACAUUCCAAAAUACUAGUCUUAUGAAAACAUAUUGGAAAAUAUGUACAAACAUUCCAAAUUUAUUCUAAAAGAAUAUAUCUUAAUUAUUCAAUGUUGAAAAAUCAAUUUGCUUCAGUACUGAAAUUAACUGUAAGAGAAAUAUUUAUCCCGAGUGUUUCACUGUAGAUAAAGUUAAUUGUGAUGAAUUGACAUAAAUUGUUAACUCUUGAUUCUAAGUUCCCAAAUUUCAAUUUGUAAGAUGACCAUGUUGGUUUUGCUUUUAAUCAAAAUCUGAAUAAAGAUAAUUUAUCAUUUUUAUUUCAUCAUUCACUGAAAUAUUUGAGCUGAAAUUUAGAAUCUGUACAUGAGGUUUGGUGCAACUUUUAUUUCUAGUUGGGAUGGUGAUCUAUGAUGAUUAUUAGAAUUAAACAUUGAUUUUUUUAUUCUUUUAAAAUAUAUAUCAUUUAUAUAAGUAAUUAUAAGUUUUAUAAUGUCCUAAAAUAAUAUAUAGACUGUGUGCAUUUUAAGUGAAGUUUCAAAAUAUUGUAGUUCCAUUUAGUUUUAUGUUUAAGCUUCUUGUUUUAUUUUGUAGUUCUUUUACACUUGUUUGUAUAAAUUUUUUUUGUAAAAUGUAAUGUUUUGUAAAAUGUGAGUUUUGUUUUUGUAUAAAAUUUAAUUCAUUAUAAUUUUAUCCCACUUAAUCGGUAAAUAAGUAUUUAUCAAAUAAUCAAGCAAAAUAGGUUUUUACCAAGAAAUUUUAGCUUUAGUUCAUAAAAACAUUUUCUUAAGUAUAAAAAACAGUUUGUGCGAUGUCUUAAUGCGAUAUACUGCCUAAAAUGUACUGCAAUAUUUUUAAUAUUCUUGAUCCUGUUUAAAAUGUUGCUUAGGAAAUAAAGUAAUAAAAUUACUCUUGAUUCAA